ACUCAGCGAAGAGUUCCGCUCCCGGCUGGACGCCAUCACCGCCCACGUGGCCAACAUGCAGCGCGCUACCCGGUUCCGCGUGGAGCUGGGUCGCCAGCAGGCCAGCUACGUGUCGCAGCUGCAGAGCAUCCGCGGCAUGCUGGGCUCGCUGCAGGAGCAGAUCCGCGCGCUGUACGCCUCGCUGCAGCGGCUGCCGGAGGUGCCGGCCGUCGAGCCGGCGCCGGCCCUCUCCCGGCGGUCGGUGCUGAGGCGCGGCGCGCGGCUCCGCUCCCGAGCCGCGCCCAGGGUGCACCGCUCGUCGGAGGACGGCGCCGACUCGGACUCGCCGCCCGACACGGCCGGCCCUCACGACACCUCGGAUGACGGCGGCCUGGACGGUGUCGGUGCCGGCUCCAGUCGCACGCGGCCGCUGCCACCGCACUUCUCGCUGCGUCGUCCCCACGCCCGCUCCGCCAGCAGGCUGUCCCGGAACCACUCGAGCUUGCGCUGCGCCGUGUACCGGCUGCAGCACUCGCUGGCGCGCUGCAACCAGCUGACGCGCCAGACGCAGCAGCAGGUGGUGACGGCCGAGCGCCAGGUGCGGCUGAUGCUGCGCCAGCUGUCCGGCUCUGAGCCGCUGACGGUGGAGCAGCUUCGUACGGGCGGGAGGCGGCUGCCGUACCUGCCCGACUUCGGCACCAUCUCGUGCUCGGCCAACCUGGGCGUGGCCGGCGGCGCCGAGGUGUUCGGGUGA